CGCCUGGACUGGAAGUUCAAGUAGGGUGUGUUAAAUUCUUUCUUUUAAUAUAUAUCUAAACGAGCGAAAAAGACAACAUUGUGGGCAUCAUAAAACAAAAUUACAGAAAAGAUGUUUAUUUCUCGGAGCCGGAGCUAACAGUCCGCGCGCACCGACUUACAGUCCUGGCCAACUGGCAUCGCGCCGAUAUAUGCCCCAGUCCUUCCUAGCGCAAUUUUGACUCAAUCGUUUAAGUCGAAUGAGUCUGGUGCGUAGUGCAGGAAGAAGCAGAGCGCGCGGAUGUAGAAUUUUGUUUUCGUGUUUGGCAUUCUUUCCGCUUUCGCGUCGCGACGUUUCUUUGUUAAUAUCUGGUUUAAAAUAUCACUUUAAGUCAUAAUUGGGUAUUCCCCCCCAAAAAAUAUGGUAUAUAUGGAGGAGGGAUAAUCGACUUCCUGUUAAUCUGAAGAGAGGAACUCGAUAAUGGUGGCUGCCGGUGACUUAUACGAAAACGAUGUUGUAUUCGUGGUUGAGGGAACUGCAAACUUGCUACUGGACUUUGAAAAUCUAAAGAAAUCCUACAUAGAACCUGCAAUACAUCAUUUCAAUGGAGAGAUACCUGUGGACUUAGAGUACAGCUUUGGAGAUGAGUAUGGACCAAACCAGUAUGGUCUGGUUGUAUAUGGAACUAUAGGCCAUACUCCUGAGCCAGCUGUGCAGUAUGUCAAAGAAACACGCAAUGCAAAACAGAUGCUGCAAUUUCUAGAUGAAGUCAAAUUUGAGGGAGGAGGUUGCGAGGAGUGCAGUUUACUAGCUGAAGCUCUUAGUAUUGCUUUGCAGAUCUUUGAUGAAAGAACUCUUCAGAGGGGUCAAGGUUAUAAGGGCAUUGUCCGUAAAAGCUGUAUAGUUGUGUGCAACUCACCUCCAUUUGGUUUGCCAAGCUAUGGGUGUGCAGAUGACUACUCUGGCAAAACUGUUGAGCAACUUGCUGAGGAAAUGGGUCAAAAGAAAGGAAUUCAUCUCUCCAUUAUUGCACCCAGAAAAAUUCCUGCACUUCAAAGAGCAUUUGAAAGAUCUUUAACAGUUGAUAGUAAAAGUGUUUUGUCAAAAGAUUACUCCAAGGAUCCCAACCAUUUAGUGUGCAUACAGGGCCUGGAUUUACCAGAUUUCAAAUCAGUUACUCGUAACAGUGAUUCACAAGCUGAAGUAUCAAAGAAUGGGGUACACAUGAGUGAUGCUAAUGUGAAGCCUGUAGUGACACCUUCUCAGUUGACUGCCAGUGGAACAUUAAAAGAAAGUCCAGAGAAACCAGUAAAGAAACAAAAGACCGGACCUCGCCAACCUUCAUUGACUGAAACCAAACUACUUCAGCUGGCAGAUAGUAACAUACCAUUAAAUAUUGGACCAACACCAAAUAUCCCAAUUUCACAGGUUCAGUUGAUGGUAAACUCAACUUCAGCAACACCAGCCACAAGUUUAAACAACAAUGCAUCAGCAGCACAGCAAAAAGCUAAAGAAAUUUUAAGUCAAGCACUAAGGCAAGCCAACUUAGACAGGAAUACAACUCCUAACAGUGUGCAGCCUCAGCCCAGUCCAAUGCAGGAUGCAGUCACUGGGGCAUCAGUAAACUGGACACAGCCUACCAACCAACAACCAAGGGUAGGUCCUACUCCAGGAGGUGUACCGGCUGCAAGCUCAGAAAAUCCACAAGUAGCUCAGAGAGCCCUAGCCUGGACAGGUCAUUUGGAAUGGCAAGAUACUCUUCGGGACCCUAAUGGCCCUCAGCAGAGAAUAACACGUUCUUUGGCUUGCCAUGCAUCUGUUGUUUCAGGAGAUACUCUGAAAGCUAAAAACUGGCCUCCAAAACUCAUCAUGCAACUUAUCCCACAAAAUCUACUGUCCACGCUAGGACCCCUGCUACAGAACUCCAAGACAGUGGCGUUCCAUUUUGCUCCUAAUGACCAAGAAUCCUUGAGAGCACUCUACAGGGUCAUGGCAUCUAAUGGUGUCAAGUUUGCCGGCUGUGUGCAUUUCCCACCUGUUCCACAGUGUGAUGUCAAAGUUCUUCUUUUGAUUUUUAGUCCUAAGAAGCGUGCAUUUGUUGGAUUGAUUCCUGUUGAGCAGGUCUGUAUCUCUGUGUAUGUUACAGUACACGUAUAUCAAAACUGUCUGGUGUGUGUAUUAGGUGUGACAUUACACUAAUUUCCCUGGGUGUUUAAGUACUCCAUGCGGGUUGGUUUUUUUUAUCUUAUUUCGAGUGUUUUGCAUUGAUUCGACCUUCUAAGGUCCUCUUUGUCUUAGGUGAUGCAUUUGAAUGAAAAGUGUUUGGUUUGUUUUCGCUGUUCAUAAUACUUAAAGGAGGUUUACCUUUCUUGCAACAAUU